CAGCCGGUGCGCUCACCCGCACAAAGCGGCGGCAGGGAAAACAAAGAAAGGGAAAAGGGGGAAAAGGUUCCUCCUCAAACAGGAAAAGAGAGCUCUCUAGCUCGCUGGAGAGCUCGAGAGAGCGCGAAAAUGUCGGAUUUAGACCGACAAAUCGAGCAACUGAAGCGAUGCGAGCCUCUUAAGGAAUCGGAGGUGAAGGCUCUUUGCCUCAAAGCCAUCGAGAUCCUCGUCGAGGAGAGCAACGUUCAGAGAGUCGAUGCUCCCGUGACUAUAUGUGGAGAUAUUCAUGGACAAUUCUAUGACAUGAAGGAGUUAUUCAAAGUUGAUAUUCAUGGACAAUUCUAUGACAUGAAGGAAUUAUUCAAAGUUGGAGGUGAUUGCCCAAAGACAAAUUACUUGUUUCUAGGGGAUUUUGUUGAUCGAGGAUUUUAUUCUGUUGAAACAUUUCUGCUUCUGCUAGCCUUGAAAGUCAGGUAUCCGGACCGCAUAACCUUGAUAAGAGGAAAUCAUGAGAGCCGACAAAUCACACAGGUGUAUGGAUUCUAUGACGAGUGUCUGCGUAAAUAUGGGUCUGUCAACGUAUGGAGAUAUUGCACGGAUAUAUUUGAUUAUUUAAGUCUAUCAGCACUAAUUGAAAACAAGAUUUUUUGUGUUCAUGGAGGUCUAUCCCCGGCCAUCACAUCAUUGGAUCAGAUUAGAACAAUAGACCGAAAGCAAGAAGUGCCUCAUGAUGGAGCCAUGUGUGACUUGUUAUGGUCAGACCCAGAAGAUGUGGUUGAUGGUUGGGGGUUGAGUCCUCGAGGUGCAGGCUUUCUAUUUGGUGGGAAUGUUGUUACCUCUUUCAACCACACAAAUAGCAUCGAUUACAUAUGCCGUGCACAUCAACUUGUAAUGGAAGGAUACAAAUGGAUGUUCAAUAACCAGAUCGUAACUGUCUGGUCUGCACCAAAUUACUGUUACAGAUGUGGUAAUGUAGCUGCUAUCCUUGAGCUGGAUGAAAACCUCAACAAGCAAUUCCGUGUUUUCGAAGCAGCACCACAUGAGUCAAGAGGGGUUCCUUCCAAGAAACCAGCACCUGAUUAUUUCCUCUAGUUCAAUUGUGGUGUUCAUCACCAUCCUUUAUGUGAAUUUUGGCAAGCUAGCUCAUCAGAUUUUCUAUGAUGCGGUGAGCCAAAUGCAUUCAAAUCCUUCGGCAUGCAACUAUGAAAAGGUUAAGAAGUUCUUCUGGCUGUGGAGUGCGUUUAGAUUGAUUGGUUUGCUGGCAAUUUUCCCUUAAUUGUUGUAUUGCCGAUGCUUUUCAUCAUUAAUUACUGUUGUAAAAAAACCAGGGAUUUGUGUGAGGAGAGCUGCUCAGAGUUCACGACAGGCGGAAGACGGUGUUUUGAAAGAAUAUGUAGGAGAAAUCGAGUUUAUCAUAUAUGUGUGUUUCUUUAUGAAACCUGAGUUGAGUUUUGUACGAAAUGCCUUGGGCUGUAUCGGGCUGUAUGGGAAAAGUAACCGAAAUUCACUCAAGCAAGAUCCUAAGUAAACUGGUGUUUUUGCUAUUGGAAUUAAUUUUUCCCCCUAUAUUAAGCCCUGAAGUUCCAUAGGACUCCUGAUUGCAAAUACUGCGCCCUGAGAAUUAUGACUAUGCACAUAUUUUUUUGUUAGAUGAUGAUAGUGGGUUGAAUUUC